GGCGAAGCGAGUGGUGAAUAGCUCGGCGUUUGAUUGCUUUACCCUAGAGAUAGAAGGGGCGGCCAUGUUGAAUGUGUCGGUGUAACCUGCUGCUGUCAGAGCGGGGGAGACCCGCACCCCGUCCCCUUAUAUCCUGUGCCCCAGGGCCCCUCCUUAUGAGCCGUGGGGUUUUCAUUGCUUAGUGGGGAGUUCCCGUCUCUCCUUCCCGGUAAAUGAGCCGGGAGUACGUCCUCCCUCCCUCCCACUCCUCUGCUCCGGGAUGUUUUCUAAAAAAACUCACGGGGAUGUAAAGAAAUCCACCCAGAAAGUGUUGGACCCUAAAAAGGACGUUCUUACCCGCCUCAAACACUUGCGGAUCGUCAUUGAAAAUGCAGAGUCCAUCGAUCUCAAACAGUUUUUUGAACAGAACUACUCCCAUAUAUAUUAUGUCUUCUUUGAAAAUUUUGUGCUCAUAGAAACAUCUUUGAAACAAAAAGGUCACAAAUCUCAAAGAGAAGAACUAGAUGCUAUUCUGUUUAUAUUUGAGAAAAUUUUACAACUUCUUCCAGAGAGAAUCCACCAGCGAUGGCAGUAUCACAGCAUCAGUCUGAUACUGAAAAAGCUGCUUCAUACUGGGAAUUCCUUAAAGAUCCGCCUUGAAGGACUCCGCUUAUUCCUCCUGUGGCUUCAAGCACUCCAGAACAACUGCAGUUCAGAGCAGCUCCGCAUCUUUGCUUGUCUCAUUCCUGGUUUCCCGGCGCCACCAUCUGACCAUGGGAUAUGCACUCUGGAUAAUCUAAUAAACCUUCCUUUAAAUCUCCAAGAAAAUCAAAUUACAGUUGAGGAAAUUACACCACUUGUACCACCACAAUCGGGGGAAAAAGCUCAGGAAGAUUCCACUAGUUUCUAUCUUGAAGCUUUAUUGAAGUACAUGGUAAUACAGGUCCGAAGUUUGGAGUGGCGCAACAAAGACAAAGAGGAAUGUGGCUUUGCCUUUUUAUUCUCAAACUUUAAGCAAUUUUACAUGCCUUACAUUUUCCCUGCCAUGAGCAAGGAAAGCAGCCUAUACAACCCAGUACUUGAGAUCCCACAAAUGAGAUCUAAGCCUCAUUAUAUGCUGAUCCGGAGAGAUGCAGAGAGCAAUGAAGCUCAGUACUGCACCAAAGAGCCCUUUCUCAAUGCUCGGGUGACUGUCAUCCGGUGGCUGGUGUCAUUCUGGCUUGAACCAAAGCCACACACGGGAGUGCAGAUUCCUGGAACAGAAGGGGAGAAUGUGCCAAAGAAUAUACAGAGAGCUGCUGCCAGUCUGGCUGCCCAAGAGGAAAGUAGGAAUGAGAGCACAGAGCGCACUGCUGAGCCAGAGCAAUCUCAUUCAAACACCAGCACCCUUACAGAGAGAGAACCCAGUGUAUCCAGCCUCUGUAGUAUUGCAGAGGAGCAUGUCACCGACUACGAGAUCAUCCGCAGGUUCUUUUCGAGCAAGCGCUGCCAUGUUGAUUUUGUCAUAGAGAUCUUCAGGCAGGCAUUUUUGUUGCCUAUAUGUGAAGCAGCUGCCAUGCGCAAGGUGUUAAAGGUAUAUGAACAGUGGAUCAAACAAAAAGAGAAGCCUUUGUUCAUGCAAGAGCCAGAUGAUCCAGCCCCCACUAAUGCUGCAGAAAUAGCUGUAGAGCUCCAAGAAAUGUCCAACGUGCCUACUGAAAAGGGGAAGGAGAGGGAUGAGGAAAAAAAUUCAUCAUCUUCUGGACAUAUCCGAACCCCCAAUUUGAAAAAAAAUCACAACAAGCUCUCGGAAGCAGAAAUGUUGGACAGGAAAGUGAAAGGAGGGGCUCAAGCUGUGUACCAGGUGUUUAUUGUCAAUUCUGCAAAUAUCAUUUUGCUGGAGCCUGCUAAUGAGAAUAAAAUAAUGCUGAAUGAACAUACAGAUAUGUGCAAGCGAGUUCUGAACAUUUAUCGAUACAUGGUUGUGCAAGUCUCCAUGAACAAGAAGACCUGGAUGCAGUUGCUGCUUGUCAUGCUAAGGGUCACAGAGUCUGUACUGAAGAUCUCACCACAGGUUUUAGGUCAGUAUCAGAGCAGAAAGAAUCAGAUUCUGGCUGGACGGCUGGCGGGACCCCUCUUUCAGACCCUGAUUGUUGCAUGGAUAAAGUCAAGUCUGCAUGUUAGUGUGUCUCGGGAAUUGUGGGAUGAUCUUCUUGCUGUAAUGUCUUCAUUGACGUAUUGGGAGGAGCAGGCUACAGAAUGGGCUCACACCAUGGAAACUUUGACCAAAGUGCUAGCCAAGAAUGUCUACCAUCUCGACUUAAAUGAUUUGCCCUUAGACAAGCUGAGCGAACAGAAACAGAAGAAACACAAAGGCAAAGGGGGUGGCCAUGAUUUCCAGAAGGUCUCUGUGGACAAGUCUUUCUCACGAGGCUGGAGUAGAGAGCAGCCUGGGCAGGCCCCAAUGCGGCAGCGGAGUGCCACAACCACUGGUUCCCCUGGCACCGAGAAAGCCAGAAAUAUUGUGCGCCAGAAAACAAUUGCCAUGAGGAGCCGAUCCAUUGGGGACAGUGCCUUGCCAUCCACUUCUAUCCGCAGCGCUAAAAGUGCACCUGUCCUGAUCCAUCCUUCCAAACCCCUUCUGCCUGAUAUUGUUCUCACUCUGCUUUCCGAUGAGCUGUCAGAUAUGGAUGAUGCUCCUAUGCAUCCACGACCAUCACGAGUGAGGCACUAUUCUCAGAGUGAGGAGACGCCUACAGAAACAUUUGCAGCAGUAAAUGAAGAAGCACCAACUCUACCUCGCAGCAGCAGCACCUCUGACAUCCUGGGCCCCUUCACAGCUGAAAGAACCAAAGGUGUGGUGUCUGGUACAGAUCAUCUCACCCCCCAGGCUUUGGACCCCCCCUCUUCUAACACACAGUCUCAGGAAGCACCCAUUACGCAGGUCGAUGGCAGCAUAUAUGAUCAUCUCUGCCAGCUUGCUGGCUCAGCUGAAUUAAGAGAUGGAAUAAAGGAACAGGGCUUGUACGAGGAAUUAGAGGGUGAAGGUCUGUUGCCACGUUUGAGAGCCUAUUUAAGGGAGCAGGAAGUUCUAGAAGUACUGAAAGACAGGACGGGCAACUACCUGUUUCAUCAAGACAGCGAGCAUUCUGAACAUGUAGAUUGUUAUAAUAAAGGGGAAGUCAGUUCAUUCAUUCCUGAUUUAUACAGUCAAGUAGUUUCUUCAGAGCAGAAUGAUAACUGUUUAGGUGGGGUGGUUAAUAUAGCCAAGAAAGCUGGUUGCAUUAGGAUGAGCAACAGGUCACGAGAAGUCCAUGUAAGGAUACAGGUUGAUGAAGAAGAAAGGGAGAAUGAUUAUGUUGCCCAGGAGCAAGGUGAGCGAAAGAGGGGCCUCUAUAGGCAACAAGCAGCUGAGGGAGAGGAAACCUCUGACUUGGCAACUUCAAAGUUUCACCACUCCUCUGGCACUGAACAUGGGGCCAACAUAAAGAAUCUUUGUGAGUCUGUAACACACAAGGCUAAAGCAAUGCGCCGGAAACGCAGCAGUGUUCAGGUUACCUUCCGUCCAGCCACUGAGGCUGUGCUUUUCUACAACUCUAUGGAAAACAAAGAUGCCCCUUGGAAAGUGAGGCUGCGUAAAUUAAGUGGUUUAAGCACUAACCCCUCUAUAGCUGUAGAGCCAGGAAAAUCCACUGCCUAUGCUGCACUUGGUGCAGUCAGAGUAGCAUCAAGUGUUAGCCAGCCAGGUAAUGACCACCAUGAUUUACCUUACCCUCCCCCACAAAUCCAAAAGGAAUGUGCCCGAAUAAGGCAGAGAUCCUGCAGUCAGGAGAGAGCCCCCUCUCAUGCGUCAUUGGGUGGCGUAUAUAAAACUGUUGUCCAUGCUCUCUCAAAACCUAAGGCCAGUGUGUCCCUGCAGAAGCAACAAAAGAUGGCUACCGAGGCUCCACUGAAGGACCUGUACGGUCAUGUUAUGGGCUAUUUUGGAAGGAAGGCAGCAGCUACUAAAGAAGAUUUAGCUCCCCAAGUCAAUGAUGUUGCUGGUGCUGAAAUUGCCACUAAUGCCAAUAUCCCAGACCUGAUGGAUGAGUUUAUAGCUGAGAGACUGCGAUCAGGCACCAGUGUGACUAUCACACGUAGGGGCAGCAGUUCUGGUAGUCUUGAGGUUCCCAAAGAUUUACCUGAUAUGCUUAAUAAGCAUAGCCAGAUGCGCCCAGCUGAUGACCCUGGUGUCCCUUCAGAGUGGACCUCUCCGGCAAGCGCAGCCAGCAGUGACCUUCUUAGCUCAGACAGCCAUUCGGACUCUUUUAAUGCCUUCCAGUAUGAUGCAAGGAAGUUUGAAGCAGGUUUUCCAUUUGGAGGAGAUUCAACAGUCCCCAUCUGUAUUGAAGCAGAUGCUGGCUCUACACAUCUUAGCGUUGAGGAACCAGAAGUUGGAAGUCUUACAGCACUGCAUAUUGACUCUGAGACAAGCAGCUUCAAUCAGCAGAUUAUGUGCACGGAGGCAGUGGCUGUAACAGGGUCAGAAAGUGUUUCCCCUGCUUUGUCUGCUCAUGGGUCGAGAUCAGAGACUCCCUCUCCUGCAGCUCUAAACUCAGAUCAGGCAGAGCUACACGACAAGCUUCAGCAUUCGGUUUUACAAACUCCCGAUGAUAUAGAGCCUUGUGACUUUCCUUUAGAAAGCUGCAGUGUUAUGGCUGGAGGAACACUUACUGGAUGGCACGCGGACGUUUCCACAGUCAUGUGGAGAAGAAUGCUUGGGAUUCUUGGGGAUGUCAAUAACAUUGCCAAUCCUGAAAUUCAUGCCCAAGUUUUUGAUUACUUGUGUGAACUCUGGCAGAACCUGGCUAAGAUUAGAGAUAAUUUGGGAAUAUCCUUGGAUAAUCAGUCUUCUCCCCGACCUCCUGUUCUUAUCCCACCCCUGAGGAUUCUCACUCCCUGGCUUUUUAAGGCUACGAUGCUGCCUGAAAAAUACAAGCAGGGCAAACUCCAUGCUUACAAACUGAUUUGCAAGAUAAUGAAGAGAAGACAGGACGUAUCUCCAAACAGGGACUUCUUAACGCACUUCUAUAACAUUAUGCACUGUGGUCUUCUUCACAACGAUCAGGACAUUGUGAAUACUAUAAUCAAGCACUGUUCACCUCAAUUCUUUGCCCUUGGCCUUCCUGGUGCCACACUCCUUAUUAUGGAUUUUAUUGUAGCUGCUGGGAGAGUUGCUUCCUCGUCAUCCCUUAAUGCUCCACGUGUGGAAGCUCAAGUUCUUCUGGGAUCGCUUGUCUGUUUCCCCAACCUCUACCAGGAAUUGCCUGCUUUGCACCCAAAUAGCUCUGACAUAGUAAUGUCACAUUUUACAGAUGUCAAGGAACUCACAAUUAAAACUGUACUAAAUUCAGCCAGAGAUGAACCGUCUGGCCCUGCAAGAUGUGUAGCAUUGUGCAGUUUGGGAAUAUGGAUGUGUGAGGAGCUUGUCAAUCAAACACAUCAUCCACAAAUCAAAGAAGCACUCAAUGUCAUCUGUGUCUCCUUAAAAUUUCCCAAUAAAGUGGUGGCCCAGGUCGCCUGCAGUGUGCUAAAUGUGCUGCUCAAUUAUGUUCAGCAGCUUCAGAUUUACCAUUCAGACUACCCACUUAAAAUCAUUGAGAUCCUGCUAGCGACAGUGACAUAUCUGCUGCCAAGUGCUGAGACCUCAUCUUACGAGCAAGACAAGCGGUUGGUGGUCUCUCUGCUUCUUUCCCUUUUGGACUGGAUGAUGGCAUUACCCCUUGCAUUGUUAUUGAAACCACUACGCCAUGCUCGGACGGAGAGUGAUGGAAGGGAGAACUCUGUGUUAAACUGUGCAUAUAAGGUUCUACAUGACUGUGUCUAUGGCUCCCAGCAUUUCAGCAAUCCCAGGUACUUUCCAAUGAGCCUUUCAGAUCUGGCAUCGGAGGAUUAUGAUCCCUUUAUGCAACUGGAAUGCCUGAAGGAACCAGAACCUUUACAUUCCCCAGAUUCUGAGCGCUCCACCAAACUGCAGCCUGUUACUGAGGUGAAAAUUCCAAAGCAGCAAGGUCUUAUUCCAGUAGCAGCACGGACAGUAAUCACACAUUUGGUAAACCACUUGGGCCACUAUCCAAUGAGUGGAGACCCCGCAAUGUUGACUAGCCAGAUCUGCGAGAACCAUGAUAAUCCAUACUGUGAAAGUUCGGAUCUAUCUCCUCAACUCUUCCACAGCCCCAAUCUGCAGUUCUUUGCUCUCAAUAAUACCACUCUUGUGUCCUGCCUUCAGAUACAGUCUGAAGAGAAACUACCUCCUGGUGAGGACCUCUCUUCUGCCAGAUCAACUGUACGCAUAAUUAUGCGGGACCUUUCUGGCAAGUACAGUUGGGAUUCCUCUAUAUUAUACGGACCUCCUCUCCCAUGUGAGGGACAAAUGACUCAGUGGUCUUCCCUUCUGGCAACAUUUUCUCCUCCUUCCAAUCAAGAGGUUGAACACCCAUCAACCCAGAGGGAAUCUGAGGACUUUUCUUCUCUUUCUUCAAGAAGGCGAGGAAGGGAAUCUCUGCCCCUAUGGGACAGCUUAUCAGAUGAACAAGAUGCUCUUGACUGCCUUUUGCAGUAUCUGGGAGCUACUGGUCCAGAGUGCCUUCAGAGGGCUGGUGUUCCCCUCAAUGUGCCCUCACCUCCACCUGCUUGUUUCUCUGAGAAGCUGGAGAAUGAGGUUAGCAAUGCAAUUCUGAAACAGAGUGCAGAAGAAAAGGAAUUUGUGGAAAAGCAUAGCAGUAAUCUUCACAUGAGAGCAAUGCCUCAAGAUCAGCCUGUAAACCAAAAACCCCAAUCAGCUUUCUACUACUCCCGGCUGUUGCUUAGUAUCCUUGGCAUGAACUCCUGGGAGAAGAGGCGAAACUUCCACUUGCUUAAGAAGAAUGAGAAACUGUUACGUGAGCUGAAAAAUUUGGACUCCAGGCAGUGCCGCGAAACCCACAAAAUUGCAGUUUUCUACGUUGCAGACGGCCAGGAGGACAAGCAUUCAAUCCUAUCUAACACCGGUGGCAGUCAGGACUAUGAGGAUUUUGUGGCUGGUCUUGGAUGGGAGGUCAAUCUUUCCAAUCACUGUGGCUUCCUGGGAGGACUUCAGAGGAACAAGAGCACUGGCUUUAGCACUCCAUAUUUUGCAACCUCAAUAGUGGAGGUCAUGUUCCAUGUCUCCACAAGAAUGAUUUCAGACUCUGAUGAUUGUUUAACCAAAAAGCUUCGCCACCUUGGGAAUGAUGAGGUGCACAUUGUGUGGUCAGAACACAGUCGGGAAUAUCGCCGCGGCAUCAUACCCACUGAAUUUGGGGACGUCCUACUUGUAAUAUACCCCAUGAAGAACCACAUGUUCAGCAUCCAGAUUAUGAAGAAGCCAGAAAUCCCAUUUUUUGGGCCCCUCUUCGAUGGAGCGAUUGUGAAUGGCAAAAUCCUCCCAGGACUGGUUCGUGCAACAGCCAUCAAUGCCAGCAGAGCACUUAAAUCUCUUAUCCCCCUGUACCAAAAUUUCUUUGAGGAACGGAUGCGAUACUUGGAUUCAAUCACACAGCAGCAUUUGGAACCCACCACCUUUGAAGACUACGCUGCCCAGGUGUUCUGCCCAGUGCCGCACAAUCCCCUCCAGCUGAAUGCACAUCAUUAAAUCUGUUCUGUUUAUCCAAGGGCCUUGCCCAACGAAAGAGCAAGAUGAGAACGUAUCGCCUCCGGGGGAUGGAUCAGAACUGGCUUUUUCUUUGUCACCACGGAGCAGCAAAAGUCGCAUGUCCAUAAAGCUCCGGCGUUCCUCUGGCUCUGCCAACAAAACCUGAGUCUUCACUUCAUAGUCUGAGUGUCUCCAAUCACUGGCGGUGCCAUUUUAGGACAAGUUCAGGCACUCGAAAUUCACUCCAGACUUUAUACUUCCUGUGUUUUUAUGCUAGUUUUUCCACAUUUUAUUUGAGUGAACAACACUGGACUUUUAGACCUUAUUUAAUAUUUUAGCCUGAUACCUGUGUUUUUAAUUCUUUACAAUGCAGGGUGCCAUAUGUAUAUCUUUGCAGCUUUUAAUCCUCUAUUACUGGGUCUUUAAAAGGCUGAAAUGAUGCCUGAAAAGCGAACAUUCAGUGAGCUCUUGUAGCUAUGCCAUUUUUGUGUUCUCCAUGUUGUAUAUUUAUUCACUAUAUUAUUAUUACCAGAGGCUUAUUUUCCUCUUUUUUUUUUAACCCGUUUUCUCUGGGUCAACACAGAAAUGAAACAUAGAUCUAAACUGUUGUUUCACUGAUCAUGAUCUGAUUUUGAAAGAUCUCUUGUAUAAAUAUGUCUAUGGCUUUUUGGUACAAUGAAACCUAAAGAGAUUCCAGAUUAAAGAUAAAUGUAGCACAGCAACUCACUAUUUUUAUACAUGUAUUAUUUGUUUUAUAUAUAUAAUAUAUAUAUUUCUUUCACAGGCCUGAUUUUAUUUAAAAAAAAACCAAGGUGUUCUUUAGCGCAGGGGUUGCAUUGAGAAGAAGAUGGAUUUUUUUUUUUUUAGCAGAAUGUGUUAGUGCUUCUCAUUAGCAGAUAAGCCGGGGUCCCGAGAGGUGUCUUUGCUUGUAUCCCUUUAAAUAAGGAUCAUUCCACUUCACCAAAAUAUUAUUUGAGGUUUUAUUGUUGUUUUUUUAAUAUGCCAAUUGAGUUAUUAUAUGACAUUAUCAUUGCAUGUAAAUGAAUUGUGUUACACAUGGCCUUGUAUGUGCUCAAUGGUCUGUGCCUUGGCAACAAAGCAUUGCUGUAUUAUAGAAGGCAUGAAUCCAGUAAUUAAUGUUGCCCUUCAAGACCAUGAAUGACCCUCUGUAAAUUGGCCUUCAGGCCUGAGUGCUUCUAAAGUCAUGGACUCAAACCCGUUUCCAACGGCUUCUUCUCUAGUGGGGCCCAAACGACCUACGGGAUACUGGUCUGAUAUCAUUUCACAUGGAUUGUUCUUCUAUGUUCCAAUCAUGUAACUCCCUGCAUUGUCUCUAUUGAUUCCUGUUUUCCUUAUUAUGUGUCUUUGUUUUCUUUUAAGAGUGUAAACUGUAUCUUGUCACGCUUGCUGUUAGAGCACUGAUACCGAGCACCAUGUCUUCUAUAGAAACUAUACAGAACGUGCAUCUUAUUCUAUUCAAAUCUGCUCAUUAAAAGUUCCUGCUGCUUUACUUGUCCUUCCUGAGAGGAGAGCAAACCACUAGAGCGCCAUUAUCAGAGGCAGUUCCAGUGUGUAGCCUCCAUGUGUGGCUGUAAUAUGGCUGCUUUUCUUGCACAGUUACAGUUAGUGCAUCUUUAUAGCUCUAGAAACUACAUUUUUCACAAAUACUUUGCUUUCCAUUAUAUUGCUCUAUCCUGCCUGCAAGCCAAAUUGUGAGCUACAAGUAAAAACACUACAUAUCAUUUUAAGCUUUGUUUUUAACAACGAUAACCCACAGUACCCAUAAUACCUGUCCUAUCAGUGCUUUCAUAUUAACAUACCUCAUUAUUCCUCCUUAUUCCUCAUAUGUCAGUGGGUACCCACUAUUGUAACAGCUGCUCUGUAAGUGCCCGACUGUCACCUGGUGGGAAGGGAGAGCAAGCCAUAGGAAAGGCCACUGGCAAGGAGAGCCCAAUUAAGAGACCUCAUUAGAUGAGGUGUAAUUGUCACUUUAUGUUUGAUUCUACUAUUAGUGGCACCCAAAUAAUUCAAGGUUUUUAUUACACAUGAAUGUCCAUUUUGUGUUUAUUUUUUCCCUCAAAGUCUCUGUCUGUAACUAAUGCUCCUGUGGGAGACUUUGUGACAUUCCGAAGGCACUGUAUUCAAGUGCCAUUCCCCUACCGAAGCUCAUUGAAAUCAGAAGGAGCACAGGAGAUGGGCAGAAGGGAGGGUGAUACUAAAGACAGAUGUUGGCAUGUAGCCCACCUUCUUGCCAGGAUAGGCGACCUUGUAGCCAGAUAGCCAGCAAUUAGAAUUCUAGAGCAGGGAGAGGCCAUGUUUAUUGUUAUAUGUAGUCAUCCUUAUUCUAGUAACCUCUGCAUUUGUAUUAAGUAUCUGCAGCGGAUCCUUUGCCUGUUGUGCCAAAUAAAUCCUGUGUAUGAGGCCUGAAAUAAACACAGUAGUGAUGAGCAAAGGGGGUUACAUGAAUGUGAUGCAGCAACAAACUGAUUCAGUUGCCCAUGUUCUACCACAAGGGGCGCUAGUCAUUCUUGGUCUUAAUAGGCAGUUAUGUGGCGCUCACUAUUAUGCAAGCAAUUAUUAAUAUGCCUUUUUAAUAAAGUCUAGAUCAUGAACAAUGUACUUGUUGUCUUAUGUUAAAACUCUCUAAAAUAAUGAGCUUAAUGGGGGCAGAAUCGUGUACCCCAGCUAAGGGGCUAUGAAUGCUUUAUCUUUCCAAUAGGUUUCAGUAGAAUUGGUCGGACAUUAAACUAUUCGUCCUAUGAACUGUUAGUAAGUGCUGAGUAUGCUUCUGACCAGAGCAUCUCUGUCGCCCAUAGCAAUCAACUGCUUUUGACUUUCAGAGACUUGGUUCAUAAGUGCUUUGUACCAUGGAUAUAUAUCUGACCUAGUCAGGGGACCAACUGGCCAUGGGAAGGCAAAGCAAAUUUCUGCUACACAAAUGGAUGGUAUCCCUUAGUCUCAGUGUAAUGGUGGUUUCAUUGAUUAUUUGGCUCCAUUUUGCUCUUCAUGUUUUGCACAUCUCUUGACCAUAGCCCAUUAUUGUAAUUGGUAUUGGCAAGUGGCCCCCAACAUGAGGAAUGUGUGACUGAUAUUCAGAUAAAAAUGACUUCAUAUAUUCUUACUGUAUAGUGAUAGUUUUUAAAUGAAAGUGGGUAUGCCUUUUAGCAUGCUUGGUCAUUUAUCCCUUCUAAUACCUUCUCACUAUGCUCUUUGAGAGUUCAUGUCUUUCCAUUUCAAGUUGUAGGCGCUAGGUUGCAAGGGCUCCUAUUCUCUAACACCCAGCCAGAUAAGUGAUGUUCUGCACUGCCAUAUAAUAGCUGCUGUACGGUUUCUCUCACGUGGGCAUUGUAUGACUUGCAUGUGUAUCUGACCCAGCUGUGGAGAUCUCAGCAUGUAAUGUCAUUUCACGCCUGUUUAUGCCCACAUGUAAAGGGCUAGAAAAGACCACAUUCUAUUUAAUAAUACAAUAAACUAUUCUUACCACUUC